AUGGAAUUUAUAGAAAACGAAUAUAAAAAUAAAAUCGGACAAUGGGAAAAACAUGAAAAACUUAUGGAUAACGAAGUUGCUUAUUUUGCAAGAGCACUUCAAGAUUCGUUAAAAGAAAAAACGGAAUUAAACGAACAAAUGAAUCAUUUUAAAAUAUGUUUGAAAAGAUCAUUGGAUGAAUUUCAAAGAUUGAGAGAAAAAAUAACGGUCCUUCAACUUCAGGGUAAUUUUUUAAAAAAAUUAAAAUCCGUUAAAUGUCAAACGGAAUUGAAAUUUCUCACUUAUAAAAAAUAUAAAACGUCAGAGGAAGAGGAAACGGAUGAAGAAUUUUUUUCAACGAGUUGUCAAAAUAGCAUCGAUACGAAAAGUAGUUUAGAUUUAAUUAAUGAAAAAUUAGAACACGUGUAUCAAUUAUUAAAAAUGAAAAGUGAUAACGUAUCAAAAUCAAACACGUUUAUUAAAAAAAAAACAUCCCAAAAUGAUUUUUCAAUAUUCGUUAAAAAUGACCACAACAACAACAACAACAACAACAACAACAACAACAAUAAUAUUAAUAUAGAUACGAGAAAAAAUUUAUCGAAAGGUUAA